AUGACUUCUGGCGAGUGCACGAUCGCCUAUGUCAACGAGAACAUCACUGAGUACGUGCACGCGGCCCUUGGAAAUCGAUGCCAAUCUGUAAUAUUCUUUUCUCUUGUUUUUUAAAAUGUAUCCUUCUUUCAAUAAUAUUCAGAUUAAUUGUAUCUGCGCUCCAGCGAUAGUCCAAAAUGACCACUAAACUAAAGUGCUUUUCUUUAGAUAUUAUUAGAUAGAGAAGAUGUUUUGAGUUUCUUUUUUGAAGUAGUUAGAAUAUAUGUCGGUAUGAUGUUAGGAAGGAACUUCAUGAAGUGAAGCUUCAGUAUGAAAGACGGAAGCAGAUUGUUUCUCGAAAGCUUUUAUUUGCUCUUAAUAAUCUCCUCAGUCCAUCUGUUUGUUCAUAAUAGUUUUCGUAAUAAGUUUCCAAGGACAUUUGAGUAGCAUGAGAAUGGUUUUUAGUCUUACGGUGGAUUCGAAAUUCCUUGCUUGAAUACCCAGAAGAGCAUUAAGAUUUCAUGAAGUAAUCGAAGCGAAAAGUCGUUUUCAAUGUGUUGGAGACCGUACAAAAUUUUUGUACUUUUAAAGGCCAUAGCGGAAUUUUUUUAGACUAUUUCUACACUAAUUUGCAUUUCAGUUGAAGAAAAAAAAAGUCAUUGUCAGUGCUUGUUAAUCGUAAAAUUAAUCAACUUUUCAGUUGAGUAUCGUCUUUCCGACCGUCUUCAUCUACGUUUCCAUUUUCGUGUUAGGGAUUGUCGGAAACAUUUCUACAUGCAUUGUCAUCAUUGCCAACAAGGUAUAAGUCACUACACUUUUCAAACCUUCAUGCUGUGGAAUCUCAGGCGAUGCACAAUCCGACUAACUACUACCUCUUCAGUCUGGCGAUUUCCGACAUCCUGGUUCUGAUUUUAGGUUAUUAUUUGUAGUUUAUCAUAAUUUUUAUAUGCAAUUGAAAACUUCGUCAAGUAAUUCGGUGUAAAAAAUACUGACUAAAGGCUACUUAGGAUCUCCAGAGUGGUCCCUACAGGGUCAAAUUUAGGAUCCUUUCUAGGGACCACUUUACCGACCACUAUAGAGGUCACUGAAUCUUGCAAAAGUGGGAGUUAAGGAUUCUAUUUAGUGGACCCUAUAGGGGACAUGCUAGUUGAUGAAUUUUAUGAUGUCUAUGCGAAGAAGCAUUUCCAUGCGAAAAAUGAAUAAACAAGCGUUUUUUAAAUGAAAUUGGAAGACCCCUUCAGGGACCACUUAAGCUUGAGGGGCUAAGGGGUCAAAACUUGAACCCUUAUAGGGCCCACCUUGAUUUUACCUCUGAAGGGACCACUUUUUCGGCCCGUUUAGGAGCUGUUUUUCCGCCUAACCCCUAUAGGGACCACUCUGGAACUCCGAAGUACGGAUGAGACUUUUUAGGUCUCCCGAUGGAGCUGUACCAGGCGAUGGAUUUCGCCUAUCCGUACACGUUCGGCGUGGCGAUUUGCAAGGCCCGAGCCUUCCUCGUUGAGUUCACUUCCUACGCCUCCAUCUUAAUCAUCUGCUGCUUCUCCGUUGAACGCUGGCUUGCCAUCUGGUAUGUUCUCCGAAAAUCGAUUCUUUGAACUAUUCUUCACUCAAUUUUCCUUCAUUUGCUAAAUUCAAAAAAAGAUAGGUUUCUCUUAAAAUCAUUUUAAGAAAAAAAGACUACCAUCUGAAUUUUGAAACGAAGUCAAUCUGUGUAUUUGAAAGACCCAGCUGUUUCGAUUGCCUCGAAUAGAAAUCAACUCCUUAACAGCUGCCUACAAUUAUCCCUCACUAGUUUUUCGAAACUGAUAAGCAAUCACUCGAAUUCGACUUGCUUUUGACAAAAUUUUAAUGAGUAGAUCGAAUUCUACUCAUAUUACUGCUCUCCAGCUAUCCACUGCGAGUGAAGCUCUUCUCGACCUUGUCUCGAGCCAACGUGCUCAUCGUGGCGGCAUGGAGCAUAUCUUUUGUCGCGGCACUUCCGAUGGCCUUCAUCGUUCGGAUCAACCGGCUGCCACUUCCGCCAUUCGCACAGGGACAAUCGUGGACCAGUCAGGUUUUUCAAAACAAAAUUGUAAUAAAACACCACCUGCUCAGGUGUCUACUGAUGAGCUGACUGUCGCCGGCACUGAUUUCUGCGCCAUGGAUCAAAAUCAGCCCGAGCAACAGCGCAGCUUAAUAUAUUUCGCCUUCAUCACUUUUUUCAUGAUUCCAGGUCCGAUCAACCAUUAAAUGUUUGAAAAAAAAAUGCUGAAAAUUGUUGCAGCGCUCUUGAUCACUGUCAUUUAUGGCCAUAUCGCGGUCAAACUCCACAAAGUCGACACUCAGCUUCUCAUCGACAAGAACUCGAAGAGCGAGCGGCGGAGCAGGGCCACGCGCAACGUUUUCAAAAUGCUAGGUAACGAUCGAACUCCAAGUUAGCCUGACUCAAACCAAAAAAGUCUUAGUGAAAAUCAGGAUGGAAACAAAAUUUGUAAAAAGUUUGUAUUUGUAAAAAAAAAAUUGUAAAAAAAUUUCGAUUGUAUAGAGCCUGUGAUACAAGAAAGACGAUGACAACCGUCCUUCCGCACUUUUUUGAGUUACUAAAACUCCGAUAUUAUUUCAAUAUUCAGAACCUCGAGAUCAUUUUGAAUUGGAACUUUUUUCCAGUAAGCGUGGUUGUGUCGUUCUUUCUGUGCUGGUUGCCGUUUCACAUGCAGCGGCUCAUCUCCGUUUUUGUCAUGUCCAGCGGUUCCCAGGCCGCCGAUUCGCAAGCCGUUCAGUUCGUCUCCAUGCUCGUCUUCUAUAUCUCCGGUUAGCGUGACUGCCCAAGUUGCAAAUAAACUAGGUUUUCAGGCUACUGCUAUUACUCAAACUCUGCAUGCAACCCGAUUUUGUACAACAUCUUGUCACAGAACUACCGGAAGGCUUUCUGCAGAACGAUUUUGGGAGAACGGCUCACCAAAAGAAUAUUUCCCUCGUUCAGCCGAAACCGUGGAGUCUUGUAAGUUUUUCAAUUUAUUUUUCUGCGAAAAGUCGUCAUUAACAUUCUUUGAAGAGACUUGACGAGUUUUCUGACCCGAAAACAUUCAAUCUUUAGACUUGCACGCUUUGAUAUUACAUGUAUUGUCUGAAAACCAAGAAUGUUUUUUGUAUAUUCUUCUCUUCAAACAAAAAAUUGAAAACUUACAGAAAAUCCAACCAAGAGUGCUCCUCACACAUGACCGGCCACAAAGGAUCUAUAUCAGCCACGCGUCCGACAAACUUCGAAAUUUGGCCACUUGCUAAAGAUUGCAAAGUUUCUGAACCAGAAAAAAGUCCCCAAUUUCUGUAA